AUGGCUUCAGCCGCUACCAUCACCGCACCUAAAAUCAGCCUUACCUCGAAUGAUUCUGCCGUCCUCAAAGCCCUCUUCGACAAUGGCGAAGAUGCAUCUAGAGAGAAUAUCUAUACCCCGGAUCCACAGGCUAUCAGAAUCGACGACUCACUCCCACCAUUCCCACAAUGUGAUAUCGAAGAAGCAGCAUUGAAAUCGUUAGAGCAUCGCGAACUGGAUGUUAUACGUCGGAUUCAAGGAAUCACCCCAACAUCAGACGCCAAAAAUUCCGCACAAGAAGCGUCCUCAUCAUUAUCAACACCAAUUCACAUUCUAGAGCAAGCUAUUGACGAUCUCACAUCACUCAUAACCGAACAUCCCGACUAUCCACCCCUAUACGCAAACAGAGCACAAGCAUUACGAGUACUCGUUCAAUCAAAAGAAUCCACCUCAAAUAACACGGACAAGGACGCUGCCAUAUUCCUUCCUCAAAACAGAGAUCUAGCAACCAAGCUCCUUUCAGAUUUGAGCAAAGCCAUAUCAUUAGCUAGGCCUAGGCCAACCGGCAGCAAUCGCAAUACCAAUGUUGUGUCAUCUGCUCAGUUUCGUCUACUCUCAAAUACGCAUAUGCAUAGGGGUUAUCUUCUACUCAAAGCGGGUAAGAUCCGGAAGAAGGAAGAGGAAGAGGGGACAACCCAAGGACAGAAAGAAAUAGGAGGUCCCGAACAACUGCUCAGUAUAACUAGCAGGGAUCAACUAGAGGAAAUGGCAAGUCAGGAUUUCUUUGAAGCUGGGCAGUACGGAAACGAGAUUGCCAAACAGUUGAGUGUACAGACAAAUCCGUAUGCAAAGAUGUGUGGCGCGAUUGUGAAGGAGGCUUUGAAGAAGGAGAUUGAAAAGUUUCAGUCAUAA